AUGGCCGUCGCUGCGGGCGGCGGGGCGGGCGGGCGCGCACUGGCGCAGGCCGCGAACGGAGCCUGCUCGAGGAACGACCCGACCACGGGCGCCGCGGUGACCCAGCCCGCGCACUGCUGCUGGCACGGGGUCAGCUGCUGCAGCAGCGGCCUCGCCGAGAGCGGAACGUGCGUGCCGGGCGACGGCGUCUCGGAGCUCGUCCUCCCGGGCAACAACAUCACCGGCGCCAUGCGGCUCGACCUCCUCGCGCCGCUCGCGCCCACGCUGACCUUCCUCGAGCUCUCGGGCAACCGGCUCUCGGGCCCCCUGCCUCCCGAGGUGGGCCUCUUCACGGAGCUCACCUCGCUCCGGCUGCGGCAGAACCAGCUCAGCGGGCCCCUCCCGGACGCCCUGAACUCCCUGGGCAAGCUCGCCGUGCUGCUCCUGGGCCGCAACGACCUGGAGGGCAGCGUGGUGCUCGACGCCACGCAGAUGACGUCCCUCGCGGCCGCGGACCUGGCGUACAACCGCCUCUCCGGGCCCCUCCCGGCCUCGCUCUUCGCGUCCCCGACGCUGGCGAUCGUCGACGUGACGGGCAACCGCAUCUCGGGCUUCCCGCCCGCGCCGACGAUCGCGGCGCGGACGCAGCUGCAGGCGCUGCUGGCGUCCGACAACGCGAUGGGCGGCGGCGCGCUGCCGGCGUGGAUCUUCGACCUCGCGGCGCUCGAGGAGCUCGAGCUCGCGAACAACGGCCUGGCGGGGUCGCUGGGGGGGGUUUGCCAGCUCCCCAACCUGCGCCACGUGCAGCUCGCCGGCAACCGCCUGUCCGGGCCGGUGCCGUGCCUCGCGACGCACGUCAGCCUCGAGGUCCUCAACGUGUCGUCCAACGCCCUCGAGGGACCCCUCCCGCUCGUCUACUCCCACAUGACGCGCCUGCGCGUGCUGGACGUCUCGAACAACCCCGCGGUGACCGGGCGCGUGCCGGAGGGCCUCGGGCUCGUCCCCACGCUGCGCUCCGUCGUCAUGCAGGGCACCUCGAUGCGCCACGUCGGCGCGGCGCCCAACUCCCGCGGCGAGUACCUCCCCGAGUGGCUCACGCACUCCCUCGACGAGAACCACGUGCCCGACCACGAGGGCGUGCCCACGGGCUGCGGCGUGCCCGAGGCCAUCUCGCCGCUCCACGAGCCCGGGUUCCCCCACGUCCACAUGGACCCCGACUACUCGUUCUACACUGGCUGCCCCUGCAUGGACGAGCUCGUCGACGUGCUCGCCGCGCGCGCCGACGCCGGCGCGGCGUGGGCGCAGCUGGUGCUGGAGAAGCGCGUCGUCCCGAGCAGCGCGGACGUGCCGCUGCCGACCGACUUCGUGUUCGCGUGCUCGGAGGACGGGGUUGACAUGGGCCUGGUUCUGGGGCUGGGCGUCGGGCUCGGCGUGCCGGCGGUGAUCGUGCUGUGCGUGCUGGUCGCGCUGGCGGUGCGGCGGUACGCGUGCAUGCACGGCACCGCGGAGCUGGCGUGGCUCGCGGGGCUGCCGGAGGGCGAGGCGACGGUGGUGGUGUCGGACAUCAAGGGCUCGACGCAGCUGUGGGAGUGGGACCCGCCGACGAUGGCGCAGUGCCAGAACCUGCACGACACGCUCAUGCGCGAGAUCCUCGCGCGGCACAACGGCAUCGAGCUGUGGACGGAGGGCGACUCGUUCACCAUGGCCUUCAAGACGCCCGCCGACGCAGUGCUCUUCUCGAUGGAGGUGCAGCGCGCGCUGCUGGUCGCGGAGUGGCCCGCGCACCUCCUCGAGCACUACCUGUGCAGCGAGGUGUACCAGACGCCCGGGGACCCCAUGUCGGUGCUGCUGUUCCGCGGGAUCCGCGUGCGCAUGGGCAUCGCGAAGGGCGACCUCACGAGCGUCGUGUCGCACGGCGAGCGCAAGUUCAGCGGGUCGGCGCUGCCGCUGGCGCUCGAGGUCCAGGACGCCGCGGACGGCGGGCAGGUGCUGGUGGAGGGGGGGACUUUUGACGCGGUGGCAGACGUGCUGACGAUGAUCGCGCAGCGCGCGCGCCGGCAGUCGAUGCGCGACGGGAGCAUCGGGAUGAUGCGCAAGUCCGGGCGGAUGUCGAUGGCGAUUGACGGCGGAAUGCCGUCGCACUGCACGCGCAGCGCGGCAUCGGGCGGACGGCGCAUGUUUACGUCUGCUCGGGAGUCGAACAACCUGAGCGGGCACGCCGCUCCGACGUCGCCGUGGGGAUCUCAAAUGGAGUUCAAGAGCGGCGUCGAGCCCCCCAUGUCCCCGGUGCUGUCGCGCAUGAGCGGCCGGCGGGAGGACUCGGCGCCGGGGGGGCGCAACGUUGCCGGCUCCCACGGGGAGUCGCUCGAGUCGGAGAACGCCGGCCAAGCUCGCGCCAGCAACAACGGCCAGGUGACCGAGGCGGUGGCGCCGCGACUGCCGUCGUCCGGCGACUCGGGGGCUACGCCGCCGCAGGGCGACACGCACGCACGCGGGCCCGCUUGGAAGCCCGGCACCGCGCCCGCGCCCGUGAAGCUCUCGCGCAUGGGCCUCCCGAGCGUCCGGGAGAACUGCCGCGAGUCGACGGGGCUGGACGGCGAGUCCGGCCUCAACAGCGGUCGUGGCCUCCACUCGGGCCGGUUCGAGGGCAACCGGUCGAUGCCGUUCGGCGCCUCGGCGCCCAAGCCGCCGCACCUCCACGGCCUCAACCAGCACCACCCGUUCCUCAGCGACAACCAGGAGCGCGCACAGACGAUGCCCGGGACGCUGCCGCAGGCACCCAACCCGUGGUCGGAGAGCGGGGCGACGCCGCCGUCGCGCAUGAGCCUGCACGUCCAGGCCAUGGGCGAUCUGGACUUCGCGCGGCAGUCGGGGCACUUGGGCGCGCCGACGGAGGUGUCGGGCGCCGGGGACCACACCCCGAAAAGCACGUCGGACGUCGGGGACAUCGGCCCGGUGCCCACCACCCCCGCGGCGCGCGCGGCGCACACGACGGGCCGACGCUCGAUGGCCGCCGCGGUGCCGCAGAUCCUGCGCGCGAAGAUCGCCGGCGCGCUCGGGCGCACCUCGAUGUCGCCCGAGGUCGACCCCACGCGCGUGGGGAGCCCCGGCGGGCACUCCCCCGCCAUGGCCGUGGACCUCGGCGAGCACCUCGUGUCCUCGAACGGCCCGAACGGGAGCGCGAUGGUCCGACUCGUCCAGGUCCUGCCGGAGGAGCUCCUGGGCCGCACGGUGUUCUUCAACGCGCCCGGGACGCUCGGGAAGGUGUCGGCGUCGUACUUCGACGCCCCCGGCGCGCGGGACUUCUGCGCGUUCCUCGCGUACCACACGGACGUGACGCCGCAGGUCGACUACUCGCUGGUGUCGCGCGUGACGCUGGUCUUCGUCUCGAUCCCGUUCUGGCAGCGCGUGUCCGCGUCGCUCCCGGAAGCGAGCGCGCUCGCGCUCUGGCAGUACCGCCUGUCCGUCCGGGAGACGAUCAAGCUCUUCGGCGGCUACGAGUCGCAGGUGCUCAACGACGUCUUCCUGCUGGCCUUCAGCUCGCCGCGGUGCGCGGUCGAGUGGGCGAUGCUCGCGAACGAGGUGUGCAUCCUCACGCAGUGGCCGCGGGAGCUCCUGCAGCACCCGGACUGCGCCACCACGCGCGACAGCCAGGGCCGCGUCCUGCUGUCGGGGCUGUCCCUGCGCGUGGGCAUCUACGAGGGGCUCCCGACGCAGGUGAUCCCGCACCCGAAGACGGGGCGCGCGGACUACUUCGGCCCGUUCAUCAACCGCGCCGCGCGCCUGUGCUACUCCGCGUGCAACCCCGGCCAGAUCGUCGUCACGAAGGAGGUGAGCUCCACGAUUGCCGCCGAGUGGUCGCUCGCGAAGCCGUCCUCGUUCAAGCCGCCCUCGGAGCUCAGCACGGUGUGGCAUCCGAACAUGGCGGUCAAGGGCGGCAUCGUCGGGAGCGACGCCAACCAGGCCUUUUCCACCACGGGGGGGGUCAUGAUGGGCCUGCUGCCCAACCUGCCGCGCUCGGGCGCGCGCGGUGGGCCGCAGAUGUCGCAGUCCAAGCGCACGCUCCUCAGCGACCUCGCGUUGUGGGCCUCGAAGCCCUUCGUGCACCGCACGGCCUCCCUCACCGCAGCCACGCGCCAGGCGCGCCGGCCGAUGUUUCCCAACAUCCCCGAGGGGGGCUCCGAGCACGAUGGCGGCCCCGUGGACGGCGGCGCCCUGUCCGCGAAGGGCCCGCUGGAGGAGUCGGACGGCGUCAGCGACAACGGCGAGGCUCUCAUGGCCCACAAGACGGAGUAUAUGCGCUCGGGCCGGCACGCGAGCCCGCCGGAACGGGCGGCGCAGCGGGACUCGGCGCACAGUCGCCGCGGGUCGCACGGCACGAAGCUCCGGGACGCUCCGCGGCUGCGGAAGUCUCGCAGCAUGAAGCGGCGCGAGGCGGAGGCGUCCAAAUCGGGGCCCGGAGCCGACGACACGGGGCCGGUGGAGCGGUACAGCUCGUACGUGGGCAACGCGUUCGACGAGGACGAGGAGAGCAAGCACCGCAAGCUGCUGCGGCAGAUUGGGCAGGCGUUCGAGGUCGCGUCGGUGAAGGGCCGCCCGCUGCGUGCCGUCACGAUGCGCGACAUCGGCGUGUACCAGUUCAGCGGCGUGCCCGAGGCGAUCACGGUGUCGAGCAUCAUUCCGUGGACGCUGAGCGAGCGGGCGGCGCCGCCGCUGGACACGCGCAAGGGGCGCCUUGUGGAGACGUGCGGGACGGAGGCGACGUCGGUGGUGUGGGUGCCGCUGUGGGACCUGCAGCCGCUGUCGGACGCGAAGCGGAACAUCGCACGGCACAUGCUGGUCGCGGACAGCCGCCAGCAGGGGCAGUUGCGGAACGACAACUCCAAGAGCAAGCGCCGCAGCCUCGACUCGAACCGGCGCGCCAGCGUGGACGACGAGGACGCCGGGGCGCGCAAGAGCAUCGACUUCCGCCGGCAGAGCACGGAGCACCGGCGCCGGCGGCACAGCCUCAACCGCCGCCAGACGGACAAUCAAGUGCAGCAGGUGCACGAGGUGCACGCGGCGUCGGAUCUGCUCGCGUCGCACGUGGUCCGCAAGUCGAAGACGCCCUCCGGGACGCUCGAGCGCCCGUCGAUGAGCGCGCUCGCCAACAGCAACAACGCCAUUGCCGCGGGGGACUCGGGCCAGAAGGCGACCGCCCUGGACUCGAUGACGGCGCACCGCAAGCAGCAGCGGGCGCGCGUCGGCGUGCGGAUCAAGGGCAACAGCGCGCUGGACGGCACGAACUCUCCGGGCGGCAGUGGGGGACGCGCGGGCCACGUGUCGCAGGACCAGCCGCGGACGGCGACCGUGACGUUUGGCGGGGACAGACGCAGGCCGUUCGCGCGGCAGGAUGGCGAGCUCGGCAGCGCGCCUGUGGACGGCCCGAUCAGGGAAGAGGAGGGCAACGAGUCGAAUGCGCGGCUCGGCGUUGCGGCGCGCGGGAACCGCGGCAGGCAGGGUCGGGACCUCGAGGUGUGCGUGCAUCUGGCGACGAGCGGCCACGGGCCGUCGCGCGGGCCGUCGGACGGUGUUCUCGGCGACAGCCACAUCGAGAAGGACCCGUGA